CCCCCUUUCUCACGACGAGGUUGUUAGGGUUCGCUUCCCUAUCUCUGCUCCACUGCCGCGCCUCCCUCUUCCUCUUCUGAGCUCUGCGGUUGAUUCUGUCUGGUCUUUAUUCGACCUCGUACCCGCUCCGGGCGGUUGAUUCGCCUGAUCUCGAAUUUGUGUCGUGAAGAGGAGAUCUGGGAAGGGGAAUGGUGGAGGUGGAGCUGCAAGGACUGGGUAUUGGACGCGAGUUGAGUUGCGGAGGGGGGAUCCGGGUUGGGAUGGGCACGUUUUGGUCGGACGAGGAUCGGAAGAUGGCGCUGGCAGUGCUCGGCCACCAGGCAUUCGACUACCUCAACGCCCGCCACGCGGCCUCCUCCGAUGGGCACCUCACCGCCGUGGGCGGAGGGGACGCCGACCUCCAGACCAAGCUCCAGGACCUCGUCGAGGGGCCCGGCUCCGUUGCCUGGGCCUACGCCAUCUUCUGGCAGAUCUCGCGGUCCGACUCCGACGAGCUUGUCCUCGGCUGGGGCGACGGUCACUGCGUCGAGACGGGGGACGAGGAGGGCUGCGGCUCCCGCCGCAACCCCCUCGACGGCGCGCACCAGAAGAUGCGGAAGCGGGUGCUCGAGAGGCUCCACGCGCUCUCCGGUGGCUCCGACGAAGAGAACUACGCGCUUCGGCUCGACCGCAUAACUGACACGGAGAUGUACUUCCUGGCGUCCAUGUACUUCUCGUUCCCCAAAGGCGAGGACGCUCCUGGAAGAGCGCUCGAGUCCGGGAAGCAUAUAUGGAUCUCCGAGGCGGUGCUGGCAUCGCCGGCGUGCUCCAAUCACUACGUCCGGGCGUUUCUUGCGAGAACGGCGGGUUUCAGGACGAUCAUCUUCAUACCUUUCGAAUCCGGCGUGCUUGAAUUGGGUUCGGUGGAUCCGGUGCCGGAGAGCUUCGAGGCGCUGCAUAUGAUUAGGUCCCUCUUUGGCCAUGGCCUUAGUAAGGGGGAGGCGGCGCCUGGCGAGAAGACAGACGAGAACAAUGGCCCCGUUUCGGUUUGGCGCUUUGGGGCCGACAGCGGUCAUGUCGCGGAGUAUCCCAAGAUCUUCGGGAAGAAUUUGAAGCUUGGGCACGCCCAGCUUAACGAGCGCGCUUCGAUCGUGAGCAUGGAGCAGAGGCCACCGGAGACGAUCGCGAAGCAUGGCGAUCACCAUCAGAAGAGUCCGCUGCUCCAGUGGAAACAGAAUCACCUCGUGAAUCCUCAUCAGCAGAAAUUUGGUAAUGGCGCACCAUAUGUUCGAUACAUAAACGGGGUAAUGUCGCCUCAGAAGCAACAGCUGCAGCCGCAGCGACAGCAAGCGCUUCCCCGGCCCCUGCCGCCGUCGGGGCAGAUCGAUUUCAGCUCGGCGGCGGCGGCGGCUGCAAAUCCCGCUCCCGCCGGCGUCUUGAUAGGUCGUGCGGGUGCGGUAGACUCGGAGCUCUCGGACGUCGAGGCACCUUGCAAAGAACACAAACCAAGCGGAACUGAAGAGCGCAGGCCGAGAAAGAGGGGGCGUAAGCCGGCGAACGGCAGGGAGGAGCCGCUCAACCAUGUGGAAGCCGAGCGCCAGAGAAGGGAGAAGCUGAACCAGAGGUUCUACGCCCUGAGAGCCGUCGUACCCAACAUCUCCAAGAUGGACAAGGCCUCCCUUCUCGGCGACGCCAUAUCCUACAUCACCGAGCUCCAGAAGAAGCUCAAGGAGAUGGAGGCGGAGAGGGAGAUGUGGGGCGACCCAUCACGUGUGGAUCACAAGCGGCCGCCGCCGCAUUGCCCUGAGAUCGACAUCCAGACGGCACAGGACGAGGUAAUCGUCCGGGUAAACUGCCCACUGGACAGGCACCCCGUAUCCCAGGUCAUCCAAGCUCUCAAGGAUUCACAGAUCGAUGUGGUGGACUCGAAGGUCGCUGCAACGAAUGACAGCGUCCUGCACACCUUCGUGGUGAAAUCGCCGGCCGCCGAGCAGCUCACGAAGGAGAAGCUGAUUGCUGCUUUGGCUCAUGAGUUGAGGGCAACAUGACAGUGUCCAAGCAGCCAAAGUAGCUGGAUAUUGGAACCAUUUGAUGUUCAUAGCUAUACAGAUCCGCCCAUUGUGUAGCAAUUUUACUAAGUACUUUAUUAGAUAAUUUUUUUUGUAGUAUUCGUCGGUCAUAUCUUUUCUAAUCUUUUGCUCAUUCCGAUGUCUUUAAUCUGCUUGAAUCCUCCUCGUAUCUGCAGUCCUGAUGAGAUGGAGUUGACGUUGGCCGCAAAAUCCAAUUCACUUCAGCUCUAAUAAGAAGAAAUGGGACUUGAUGCCAGUCUUGUGCAGCAAAAAUCAUUUCCCUUCAGCUUAUCAGUGCAAGAAACUCUCCAACGCUUUGUUGCUUCAUCCAUGCCGGAGGAAAAAUCUUACGCUUAAGUCGGGUUAGGGAUGCCUAUCUAUGCGAUGAGGAAACUCGAGUCUUGAUGAACAUAUGAAAAGAACAAACAGAAGACAUUCGCAUGUGGAGAAUUGAAUAGUUUUUCUUCUGCAAUGGAUUCCCCUCGCCGACUCCAGAGAGGUAAAGUCCGUGUGUGCAUGUUCCAGCUUGGAAAGCUUCUUCCUGAUGGUGUCAGCUUCGGCACAACAUUUGAUUCAGUGGUGUCAGACCACGGGUUUCAGAUAAAAGUUCCAGGAGAGGCACGCGGCAACAGUUGACAACUUAUAAUAGUACCGGAACGGUUGGCUGCUCAGCUCAACCAUUUAAAGCAAGCGCCGAAGCACAUGGCAUACUUUUUGGUGCAAAGCCAACGUCAAAUUACACGCCAGCGUUCCGUUCCAGGAAUCAAGACGCUGCGCAGAAGGAAAAGGAGUUAUAUGCACCCGUUUCAUGUGGUGCCAACUUUGGCUCCAAGGCGAAGAUUCUUGAGAAAGACUACUGAGCUCAGUUUGGUUUUGGUGGAGAUAUUUUUUUCUGCCCCACUUGAUCACUUUUGACCAAUUUGUGAAGGUGACACAUGGUUUGUAUCUGAUGGUAGUAGUAUUAUCACCAACUCAUUAGCUGCCUGCUCAUUGCAACAUUUUUCCCCAUGGAUGGUUUUGCGUAAACCUACAGCCCUCCUUGAAGAUUUGUCGAUGCAACUUGUUUGUACAUAUUCGAGCAGCAUACAAGGGUCUUGUAUUAGAUUUGACAAUCAUAUUUCAGUUAGAUCUCUUCACCAUUGUUUCAGAUUUAUAAGUAGAUUUCUUGUAUUAGGUUUGACAAUCUCUUCACCAUUGUUUCAGCAUACAAGCAUCUUGUAUUAGGUUUGAAAAUCCUAUUUUGGUUAUUUUGGUUAAAUCUCUUCUUGAA